CAGUACCGGCAGCUACUCCACUGCCUCUGUCACCAGUGCCGGCAGCUACUCCACUGCCUCUGUCACCAGUGCCGGCAGCUACUCCACUGCCUCUGUCACCACUCUAAUACACUUCGCUAGCUCACUGUGUGCAUUUUUACUCAACGUUGCAAUUAACUUAAAUUAUGUAUCCUGCAAGAAAACUUUGUCAAAAAAAUGACACAGCUACAGAAGAACUGAAACGAUCCCGGAGAGAUAAAGAACAUGAACAAAAGCGCAUUCAACGCAUUACAGAGACACCAAAAGCAAAACAGGAAAGGCUCCUAAAACGAAGAGCUCAAGAAUAUAAAUACAACAAUGCGCAAAAACGUCUACGACGCGCUACUGAAACACCAGAAGCAAAAGAGGAAAGGCUACGAAAAAGAGUUCAAGAAUAUGAUGAAUACAAUGUGCAAAGGCGUCUAAAAUGCGCUACAGAAACACCAGACGCAAAAGAGGCACGCCUCCAAAAAGAAAAAGAAAAAAAAAUGGAUAGACGUGCAAAUGAGACCACCAAAAACCGGGAAAAACGUUUGGAAGGCUUGCGCAAUCGUGCAUCUCAAAGAUAUUUGGAGGAAAAAGCAGAAAUGUUACAAGAACGUUUACAAGGUUUAAGAGAGUCACCAUCCAAAAUAAGAAAAAGACAAAGAGAGAAACAACGGACAGUCGCAGAACAAUUCCGUGAGUUAGCUAAGAAUGCAUUCAAUAAUGAGUCCACUGUUCAGGAAAAUUUCUUGGGAUUAAUGAAUGUCAUCUGCACUCAUUGUCAUUCACUUAAUUUCAUGGAAGAAAAAAGGGGCAAAACAGCAGACGAGUUUACACGUUGUUGUCAAAAAGGUCAAGUAAACCUCCCUCCUUUGGACAAAUAUCCUCAAUAUUUACGGAAGCUUUUGACUAAUGAGGUACCUGAAAGCAAAAGCUUUAUGGAGUGCAUAAGAUCAUACAAUAGUUCCUUUGCUUUUGCAUCUACUGGGGCAAAUAUCAAGCCACCUCCGGGCAAUGGCCCAUACUGCUUUCGUGUGUGUGGACAAAUAUUACAUCGGAUUGGAACAUUGCACCCGGAAAAAAAUGACGUCCGUAAAUUUGCUCAAAUUUACGUGAUAGAUCCAGAUGACGCAGUUUAUCAACGAAUGAACCUUCCUGAAAACAAACAAUGCACAGAGAUGAUAAUGAGAAAUGUAGCUGAAGUCAUAAACAAUCACCCAUUAGCAAAAUCAAUACAAAUGCUACAUGAGGUUGAAAAAGAAGCCAAUGCGAAAGCAGAGGCAGAAGGUGUAGCACCAACUAAAAUAGCCUUGGUGUUAAUAAAAGAUAAAGAUCAGGAUCAAAGACGAUACAAUGUUCCCACUAUUAAUGAAGUAGCUAUUGUGUUUCAAAGUAAAGAUGGUGAGCCUCCAUUUCACCGCGAUAUUGUCAUGCAUUUGCGGACAGAUGGAACCAACCAGCCUAAAUUCCAACGUGUAGACAUUUGUUUUCCAAAACUUGAUACCUUAACAUACCCAAUUCUGUUUCCAACUGGCCAGGAGGGAUGGAGUACUGGAAUUUCCAGAUAUAAAAAAAACCAAGCACAAAAAAGAUCACGUGUGUCAAUGAAAGAGUAUUUCUCCUACAGACUUUCUGUAAGAGAUGACUUUAAUCCAUUACUCAAUGCUGGAAAACUAACUCAACAGUACAUAGUUGACGUAUAUGUUCGUGCUGAAUCAAAUGAUCUCCAAUGGAUUAAAAACAACCAAUCUGCAUUGAGAGCCGAUAACUACAAGUCACUGAUGGAGUACAUAAAUCGUGAUGCAGAUGUGGUAGAUCAACCUGCAGGAAAAGCUGUUAUUUUACCAUCAAGCUUUCAAGGUAGCCCACGUAAUAUGCAGCAGCAUUACCAAGAUGCAAUGGCUAUUGUUAGAAAGUUUGGAAAACCGGAUCUAUUUAUCACUAUGACUUGCAAUCCAAAAUGGAAAGAAAUUACAAAUAAUCUUAUGCCGUGGCAAAAAGUGCAACAUCGUCCUGAUUUAGUUGCAAGAGUUUUUAGAAUAAAACUGAAUAAUUUGCUAGAAGACAUCACCAAAAACUCUAUAUUUGGGACUGUUAAAGCAAUUGUCCAUGUUAUAGAAUUUCAGAAGAGGGGUUUGCCACAUGCCCAUAUUUUACUAAUCCUACAUGAUAAUUCAAAAAUUCGCACUGAAGAUGACAUCAAUAACAUUGUGAAAGCUGAAAUACCAGACCAUAAUAUUUCUCCACGUCUCUUUGAAAUUGUUACCAAAAAUAUGAUCCAUACACCAUGUGGCAAUGUCAAUCCAAAAUCUCCAUGUAUGUUGAAUGGUAGAUGUUCAAAGGGCUUCCCUAAACAGUUCCAAGACGUUACACUUGGAAACGUGAAUGGAUAUCCUAAGUAUAUGAGAAGACAGACAAAUGAACUGGAAGUUGUACCGGGUCGUCCUAUUGACAAUAGUUGGGUGGUACCAUAUAAUCCUUAUUUGUGCUUACGAUACAACUGCCAUAUCAAUGUUGAAAUCUGUGCAACAGUAAAAAGCGUAAAAUAUUUAUUCAAAUAUGUUUAUAAGGGACACGAUUGUGCUAAUGUUUCAGUGUCCGAAAGUAACAAUUACGAUGAAACUCAAAUGUAUGUGGAUUCACGGUAUGUCAGUGCUCCCGAAGGCAUCUGGAGAUUAUUUUGCUUUCCAAUGUAUGAACAGAGCCAUACAAUUUAUCGAUUGCCAGUUCAUUUGGAACAAGAACAUCAUGUCUGCUUCCAAGUUGGCAAUGAAGUUCAAGCAGCAGAGAGAGCAACUGGAGUUAGGUCAUUUAACGACAUUAGAACUGUGCAUAUUGGAAAUGCUGUCAAAGUGUCCAAGACAUUUCAGGAAGCAGCAAAAGAGAAAGGAUAUUUGUUGGAUGAUACAAUUUGGCAGAAAACUAUAGAAGAUGCAGUAUCUUUUUCAAUGCCAUGUCAAGUUCUUCAGCUUUUUGCUUACAUCUGUGCAUUUUCAUCUCCAGCUGAUCCACUGAAUCUGUGGAAUACAAACAAGGAUGGAAUGAUAGAGGAUAUAUGCCACAAACUGAAUGGAAAGGAUGAUCCUUGCAUCAGCUGUGAAGCCUAUGCACUUAAAGAAAUUCAGUUUGUUCUCAUGCUCCUUGGAUUUACUUUGGGGAACUUCAAUUUGCCAAAUUUUCCAAAUACGUUACCUCAGUUGAAUUUGCUGCCAAUAAAUAUUCAAGAAGAGCAGGAUAUUGCACAAAGAAUGAUUUCAAGCUUGAACACUUUACAAUCCACCGCAUUUAAUAAAAUUAUUAUUGCUGCAGAAGACAAUAGAACAAUGCCUAAAUGCUACUUUCUUGAUGGCCCAGGGGGAAGCGGAAAGACAUACCUUUAUGAAACACUUAUACAUUUUUUCCGUGCAAAGAAUCUCUCCUUUUUGGCAUCAGCCACCACAGGAAUAGCGGCAAAUUUGUUAAUAGAUGGACGGACAUGUCACUCCUUAUUCAAACUUCCAGUUCCAAUCACAGAAACAUCUGUUUCAAAUAUGAAAAUGGACAGUGACAGUGCAAAUGAGAUACGACUUGCAAAACUAUUGAUUUUAGAUGAAUGUACUAUGGCAUCCAGUCAUUUACUCAAUACCAUUGAUAAACUUCUGAGAGAAUUAAUGGAUAAUGAUAUUCCAUUUGGAGGAAAAUUACUUUUAUUAGGAGGUGAUUUUCGACAAUGCUUAGCUAUUGUUCCGCAUGCCAUGCGUUCCGCUAUUGUUCAGUCAAGUUUGAAAUAUGCUGAAAAUUGGCAUUACUUUGAGAAAGUAACCUUGGUAGAAAACAUGCGCUGUGCAGACCCCCAAUAUAACAAUUGGUUAUUGCUACUUGGAAAUGGUAAGCUUACCAAUGACUUUGAACUUCACCCAGAUAUUAUUCAAAUCCCAAAAGAAUUUAUUUGUGAAGAUUUGGUCACAGAAAUUUUUGGUAAAGAAAUAUCAUUAGACCAGAUACCAUUUUUAGCAAAACGGGCUAUAUUAUCUCCAAAAAAUAUUGAUGUUGACAUGAUAAACAACCAAGUGAUUGCAUUACUUCCUGGACAAAGCUGUGUCUUUCUCAGUACUGACUGUAUUGAUUCUGAAGACGAAAGUGAGAAACUUAAUUUCCCAUUAGAAUAUUUAAACACUAUCAACCCUGCUGGAUUACCACAACACAAUCUUAUACUCAAAGUAGGAACAAUAGUCAUGCUGUUAAGAAACCUUAACACUAAGCAAGGUUUAUGUAACGGUACACGGUUGGUUGUGAAGAGCAUGAGACAAAAUGUUAUCAAGGCAGAAGUGCUUACAGGAUCCCAUAGCGGUGAUACUGUUUUGAUUCCCAGAAUUGACCUUACCAGUUCUGACCAGGAAUUACCUUUUAAACUUAAACGACGACAAUUCCCCAUUAAGGCUGCAUUUGCCAUGACAAUCAACAAAUCACAAGGACAAACAUUGGAUAAAGUCGGCAUUUACCUAUCUGAGCCUGUGUUUGGUCAUGGUCAACUUUAUGUUGCAUUUUCA